CUUAUACCGCCAUUUUGGACGAGGUGCAAUGCGUGAGAUGCCUUGAGAGGAAUGAGACAUCAUGCAUCAACUAAGAUAAUGAACACAUACAGCAUAAUUCUAAAGCUAACAUGACAAAUUUGCAGAAGAGCACCGAAUCAGACCAACUGUCUGAUUCGUGUGCAGAAUCGUCGUGUAGUGAACUUCAACAACUUGACAUAGACCUCGAGUCGAGAGAGGAUUCUCCGAGUGUAAGAGCACUUGCCAAAACGCGACAACAAGAGGAGGAAGUGCUACAGAUUAUUAGACAAGUAGACGCUCUCGGUGCUAACACUUUAGAUCUGAGCAACAAGGGACUUUUGCAUCUGCCAGAGGAAGUAUUAGAAUUGAAAGGCCUGGAGAACCUGUACCUAGAAGGUAACGAGUUAGCCUACCUCCCUGAAGACUUCUUCUGUUGUCUGUCCAACCUAAAAUGGCUGGACCUCAGACGGAACUUUCUCUCUCGCCUUCCCACAUCCAGUAUUGGCAAACAUCAGCAUCUGCGCAACCUGUUACUGGAGGGCAACAAUCUACGCACAUUGCCCCUGGAGCUAGGUUUUGUGAGUACUCUGCAUGGCCUCAACAUCACUAACAACCCAUUGGAAUUCCCUCCCCUUGAAAUCCUUGAAAAGGGAACAGUGGAAGUGCUGAGGUUUCUCACUGAAAUGUUAGAGGCCAAAUCUGCCAAGUUUACAAAUGGAGAUUCAAUACUACUGAGUAAGGAGGACAGCUCCAGUGAUGAUGAGUGGGACGGAUCCCUGGGAGAGAUUGCACGCAUGCGACAGCGUGCACGCUCAAAACACCAUCAGAAGUCGGCAGGGUCCAACUCCGACAUCGGUGGUCUGGUUCCUCACUCUGCAGAGCUGCAUCGACCAGUUAGCUAUACAGAUAUCAAACAACAGCAUUUAGAGAAGUUGAAGAAAGUCGGAGCAUCAGGCAAGUUAGAGAGUGCUGCAAUCAGGAAACUCCUCGCACGCAAGAGGAGCUCCAAGAGCUUACUGAUGACUCCAAAGAGGAUUCCAGGUCAUGCAAAGGGGGACAGAAGGAAAUCUGGUUCGAGUGUGAUGUCAUGGAAGGUGAACCAGUACCCCGAGCCCCCAGUGCCAGAGUAUGUGGACCUGCGCAUGGCGGAGGAGAGAAAGGCUGCCAAGAUACGCGAACUCAAAGAAAAACAGGACGCCAUCCUGCAGAGGAGGAGAGAUGAACAGAUGUUAAAAGACUGGAGAGAAGAAACAAAGAAACUAAAGCAGAAGAAAUACUUCGAGAGUGUGCAGAAGGGAACCAAAGAUUUUUUGGAUCCUGCGACACAGGCUCCAUACGGGUUUGACAAGGAACAGCUCAAGAUGAUGACAAAUGAGGAGAGAAUCAAGCAGGAUGUGAAGACGGCUCAUGAGCGUAUCCGGCGUGCGAUAUCUCCUGCUACUAGGCAGAGAGUUGAGGAGGAGAAAGCGGCACGGAUUCAAGAACUGGAGAGACGAAUCAAGGACCAUACAUCCAACAUGGUGGACAGGCGGAGACGACCCAAGGGCACUCCCCAGGAAGAGAUGGAGGCGGCCAAGAGGGAACUAGCUGUGGUAAAGGCGCUACAGAAAGAUUUGAUGAACCGGUACCAGGAGCUGAAGCUGUGGACAUCAGGCUGAUCAUCUGCAUCAGGAGCUGCUGGCCCGCCGAGAGGAGCUAGAGUAUCGUUUCCGGGCAUUCACGGCCGAUAUCGCCUCCAGCUUCUCUAACAACACACGGAUAAAGCACUGACUUUGCCUUCUUGCCUUGUACAUUGUCAUGCCAAGGGAACCAUCAACAUCAUCAGUGAACUGUUUUAGUACAUGGGAAUAUGUACCCUCCUAUUUUGCCAUCCUAAUAUAAUAUAAUAACCUUCGUCCAAAUGCAGGUUUUUUUCAAACGAUUGGUAUCAUGACUGUGAUGACAAGUAUUUUGAACUUUUCACCAGUAACAUACAUAUUUUUAAUGCAUAUAUUUCUCUAUAAUAAUGCUUAAAAUAUUGUUUCGUCACGACUUAGCAAAGCUUGCUUUAAUCUGUUUUGCAUAGCUGCCAACUGUCCUGAUUUUUGGUAUUUGUUAUGAAUAUGCAACUAAAAUAUGAAAUUAAUUCAUUUGAAGAAUGUACCAAUCUACAGGGGGGAAAAACAAGAACACAAUUUUUAUAGACAAGAGAGACGGGUAUGAAGUCUAUUUAUAGUGUCACAUCUGUCUGAUCAAGACACUCCACUCGUCAUAUCGGAAGUUGCUGUAGUAGAAAUAGAAACUAAGCAAUAAAAUUAUCAACUGAGUUUCAGAAUCUUGCUUGGAGAGGACCUCAAAUGCCACCAUUUUACUCUCAAGAUUCCCAUACCCACUCCCCGACGAUGACAAUAUCCCCCAGCAAAGGAUACUUAUUGUAAUUUAGGAAAGUUGGCAACUAUGGUUUCGUAACUGAUAGCAUAUUUUCUGACUGAAUUUGGGGAGUAUAUUAACUGUAGAGCUUUCACCAUAAAAUAAUGAAACUUGCAUGAACAUGUUUCCAUUUGAAUAGUUUAAUUUCAGCUUUACUUUUUGUAGUAUUACAAUAGAAAGUUGCAUCCACUGCCACAAGUUUCAGUGCUAAAGAUAUUUUAAUUGUUUACCAGUACAUUAUUAUGCAAAAGCAAAAUUUGAACCACCUGUGCCUUCAACAAGAACCAAAAUCAUGAAGUCACUUCAUUUAAGAUUCGUGUAUCUAGUUUCUAGUCAGCUGUACAUAUGAUCUUCUUCAUGAAAACCUUUUACUGUUCUUUAUUGCAAAUACUGUGUAAAA